AUGUCGGUCUUUAAUGAUUAUUCCUUCCACCACUCGCGGCCCAUCGAGGCUAGUGAGCUGCCGGAAGGUUAUUUCCAUAUCAUCCCUAGUCGCGUAUCAUCUUCACCUGUUGACAGCGGCGUCAUCGACCGGAUAAAGGAUGACUGGAGCCGAGCUUUAGGCAAGGAGUCGACUGUUCCCAUUCUGGACAAUAAAACCCUCUCUAGUUUCUUACAUGUAUACCCGGAAUGUGCGCCAAUCGAACGGGGUCCUCUGUUUGAAUUCGCUACCAUUGCCGCGUUGUGGAACAGUAAGCACACUUCACGUGGCCUGCACCAAAAAAUUGUUCAUCUUGCCCACCAAAUUCUGACUAGAUCCUAUGGAGGAACCCCGUCUGGAAUUGGAAAUGGAAGCGGGUACGAAAUCAACGAUCUGUAUUAUGACGCACUUACAGGGAUACUUUCGCAGCGUGGGCGUCUUGAACACGAGCAGAGGGAUUUUUUGAAAGAAUUGUCAGCAAUGCUGGAGACUCCGAUGAAACCCUCUCUAGACCGAAUGUCAUUUGAUGCGUACAAAGAGCAGAGAAGUCAAAAUAGUGCUGGAAAGUUCGCUAGUUUGGUUAUUCCUAUCUUUCACCGCUUACAUAUCAGUGAGGAUGAACAGGCCUCAGUGGCAUCACUCAUUAAGCUUGGUAGCUUGAUUACCGGGCUAGCUAGUGAUUAUGAAAGUUUUCAUGUAGACUUUGACAAGCAUGCUACAAGUGACAGCCUUGAGGUUAUAUCCAAUGCCAUGGCUGUCCUGAUGGCCAACUAUGGUUACACGGAAGAAGAAGCGAGCGACAUCCUAAAGAGUGUGAUACUAUUUCUUGAGCGACAGUUUCUUAUUGAUUACGAUGAUUGGAAAGCCUCUCCGGGCUCAAAGGCAACUGACCUGCGAGCCUACAUGGCUCUCUGGGUCACAAGUGUUGGAGGGGCGUGUUAUGCACAGGCCAUCUCACCAAGAUAUCAUGGACUGAAGCUGAAAACAACCGCAGAAGACAGAGCACAGCUUACAGGUCGCAAUAAGAUACACUACAAACUUCAUGGCUAUCCUCCACCAGCUUCAAGUCAGAAAUCUUCCGAUACACCCAGAAAGAAUGUUACGAUUCUCUUAGCGGGUGAUCAAAGGGACAUCCUAGCACCCUUCAAGAAAGCACCGGCAGAGCAGCUCUGCAUGGCUCCGUACGAAUACACGAGAGCAACGCCCGGAAAGAAGAUGAUGUCAAAGUUCAUCGAAUGUCUGCGGACUUGGUUCGAAUUGCCAGACACUUCAGCCACUAUCAUAGAACACGUCACAGAUAUGAUCUUCCAAUCCACUCUCAUGAUCGACGACAUCGAGGAUGACUCAAUGCUCCGCCGCGGGAAACCAGCUGCGCAUCUCGUAUUUGGCAAGUCCCAGACUAUCAACAGCGCAACCUACCUAUACGCGAGAGCGAGCCGGGAUCUGGACCAGCUGCAACAAGAUGCGUGCAAAACAGCCUUUCUCGACGAACUGGAGACGCUAGCCCUCGGACAAGCUCUCGAUCUUCAUUGGAAGUUUCAGAAGAAAUGCCCAACAACCAGCCACUACCUUAAUAUGGUCGAUAAUAAAACCGGCGGGCUCUUCAGAAUGGCAUUACGCGUUAUGGAGAUUGAGUCGAAGACGGAGCCGUGCCCUGAUCUUAUGCAUCUCAUAACACUGAUGGGGAGAUACUACCAAAUCCGAGAUGACUACAUGAAUCUGACGUCAGAUGAGUAUACCGAAACCAAAGGCUACUGUGAAGACCUCUCGGAGGGCAAGCUUUCCUUCCCGCUGAUUCAUGCCUUGCAAAACAGCUCUGUGGCGGACAUGAUACGAGGGUUAUUGUUUCAUCGAGAGAAUGGCAAAGAGCUAUCGUCAGAAAUGAAGAGCUAUAUUGUCGCUGAGAUGAGAAAGGCUGGUAGUCUCGCAUAUGCUCGAGAUAGUGCAAUGCAGCUGUUUGAUGCAAUGAUGGAAACGCUGGAGCGAGUUGAGGCUAACCUCGGUCCGAAUGAAAAGCUGAAGGCUUUAUUGCGUUUGUUGAAGCUGUGA